UUCACAACUGGCCGGUUUGUUGUGACGCUGCAGUGAUUAGUGAACUCUAAACCAAAGAAAUAACAGAUAACAAUGCAUAUGUAUCAUCUGUAUAACUUCCUGUCAUGACCCGGAAAGUGUUGCUUUUUUGAUUCCACUAAUAAGGUGUAUGUGUUUUUAGUUAGCAGUGUCACACAGAUAAUGGUUCCCCUGAAACGCAGGAAAGUGACAACAGAGCAAACUACAAGUCAUGACACUAAAGCGUGUAAAUAUCCUGAUAUUGCAAUAUUUAUUGUGGAAAGGAAGAUGGGUGCGUCCAGAAAAUCCUUCCUGACACGUCUUGGAAGGAGUAAAGGAUUCCUGAUUGAAGAGUCUUUCAGCUCUUCCACCACGCAUGUAGUGUCAGAAAACAACACUGGAGAUGAAAUUGACAUUUGGCUGAAGAAACAGGAGAUCGAAGGAAAAGACUCAACCAGCUCGGUCAAUCUGUUGGACAUCAGUUGGUUGACUGAGAGCUUGGCAAGUGGAAAUCCUGUCCCCAUUCAGGACAGACACAGGUUAAAGAGCAGCCCGAAGCCCUCUGAGAUCACUCCUGCGAUUCUAAUGAAGAGUUACGCCUGUCAGAGGAGAACGCCACUGAAACACCACAACUCAUUGCUUACAGAAGCUUUGGAAAUCUUAGCCGAGAAUGCAGAGUUUGGUGAGAAUGAAGGCAGGAGCGUAGCCUUCCGAAGGUCGGCGUCUGUCUUGAAGGCGCUUCCUUAUGCCGUGCGUACAGUGGACGAAUUGAAGAACUUGCCCUGCUUGGGUGAGCAUUCACUGAGAGUUAUAAAGGAGAUUUUAGAAGACGGCACAUCAAGUGAAGUGGAGUCAACAAGACAAUCGGAGCAGUUUCAAGCUAUGAAGGCGCUGACUGGUGUUUUUGGGGUGGGAGUAAAAACUGCGGAUCGGUGGUUUAGGGAAGGCCUACGGGGCCCGUUAGACCUCAUGCACACAGGAAAAACGCUGAACCGUGCACAGCAAGCAGGAGUGCAGUAUUAUAACAAUCUGAACACACCUGUCACUAAAAAGGAGGCUAUGGCUAUCAGCGACAUCGUAGAGAAGGCAGUAAAAGCUGUGCUGCCCAGGGCAAUUAUUACACUCACAGGAGGAUUCAGAAGGGGUAAGGAGGUGGGUCAUGAUGUGGACUUCCUGAUCACACACCCAGAGGAGGGGUCUGAGGAAAGAUUAAUGCCCAAACUUGUGAAUUGGUUGGAGGAUCAGGGUUUGCUGUUGUACCAGAAAACAACUAGGAAUUCCUACUUGGAGGGUAAAGAUGGACCUGCUCGUCCUCCUAGUAACAUGGACCGAUUUGAGAGAUGCUUCUCAAUAUUCAAGCUUGAACAAUCGAAAGUAGAUAGUGACACACAAGUGGAAACUUCUUCGUAUAGCUCCAGCACGACAGACGGAGCAGAGGAUCAUCACUUGGGGUCUUCAUGGAGAGCUGUUCGAGUUGAUCUUGUAGUCAGUCCUUAUAGUCAGUUUGCUUUUGCUACACUUGGCUGGACAGGAUCCAAGCUCUUUGAGAGGGAAUUGAGGCGCUGGGCAGGACAGGAGAAAGGGAUGUCCUUAAGCAGUCAUGCACUCUACGACAGCAAACAACAGCGUUAUCUUCAGGCAAACUCCGAAGAGGAAAUUUUCGCCCAUUUGGGUUUGGAGUACAUUCCACCUUCGGAGAGGAACGCGUGAUGCACUUCAGUCCCACUCGGGUUACUCACUACAGCAGUUGAUGAAUCCUGUGCCAUGCUUUGUGAGAAACUACCGGUAUGAAUCUGUGUCACGUACUAAAACUUAUUUUAGCUAUCGUGUAGAAAGGCAAAUUGACAAGUGUGUAUUUAUUUUUUAUCUUCUGUAUCAUUAUGUCCCCAAAGCAUGAAAUAAAAUAAAAUAUUUUAACAUUUUAAAAUA